GGUGGGCAGGCACAGGCUGCCCAUGGGGGCUGGGGUUCUCCGGAAGGAGCCUUCUGCUCUGCUCCUUCUUCCUGGCUCGGAGCAGGCUGCAGAGGAGACUCAAGAGGCCGCGGGAGCCUCCAGGCCCCCCAGGCAGCGCCGGGCACAGCCGAGAACCCUCCAGCACUGCUCGGGGAAGCUGCGGGCACCUCCGCUGCGGUCUGCAGCAGCUCCCAGCACGGCUUGGGACUCCUGCGGGCACCUCCGCUCCGGCCCCGGGCAGCUCCUGGCACCGCUUGGGGCUCCUGCGGGCACCUCCGCUCCGACCCCGGGCAGCUCCUGGCACCGCUUGGGGCUCCUGCGGGCACCUCCGCUCCGGCCCCGGGCAGCUCCUGGCACCGCCCCCGCGCAGGCUCCUCCCCGCGGCUGCGCGGCCUCGGCUCGGCCCUACCGGGAGCGGAUCGAGAUGGUGCCGGAGCUGCAGAACGCCACAGUCCGCAUGCGGCGGCCGGAGCGGGUGCAGGCGAUCCUGAGCGCCAUGAAGGAGCAGGGCAGGGACAAGCUGCAGAUCAUUUCUGACUUCGACAUGACUCUGAGCAGGUUCCUGUGCCACGGCCGCCGCUGCCCUACUUCACACAGCAUCCUGGACAACAGCAGAGUCAUCAGUGAGGAUGGCAAGAAGAAGCUGCAGGAGCUGAUGCACCAUUACUACCCCAUCGAGAUCGAUCCCAACCGCACCUUGGAGGAGAAACGACCUCUGAUGGUGGAGUGGUGGACCAGGGCCCACGAGCUGCUGUCACAGCAGAAGAUCCAGCAGGGUGACAUUGCCCAGAUCGUCAGGGAGUCGGGCGUGAUGCUGAGGGCUGGCUUCAGAGAGCUCUUUGAGCAGCUGCACCAGCACAGGGUCCCUCUCUGCAUCUUCUCUGCGGGCGUCGGGGACGUGGUGGAGGAGGUCCUGUGCCAGGCUGGUGCCCUGCGCCCCAACGUCCGCGUGGUCUCCAACUACAUGGACUUCGACGAGCAGGGAGUCCUGAGAGGCUUCAAGGGACCUCUCAUCCACACCUACAACAAGAACAACAGCGUCCUGCAGGGCACAGCCUACUUCCAGCAGCUCAGCACCAGGACGAGCAUCAUCCUGCUGGGGGACUCCAUGGGUGACCUGAGCAUGGCAGAUGGUGUGCCCACCGUGGAGCACAUCCUCAAGAUUGGCUUCCUCAAUGACAAGGUGGAGGAGCGCAGGGGGAGGUACUUGGAGGCCUUCGACAUUGUGCUGGAGAGCGACGAGACCCUGGAGGUGGUCAAUGGCAUCCUGCAGUACCUCCUCUGCCAGACCUGAGCCCGAGGGCAGCCUCCAGCCCUGCCCUCUCAGCAGGACCUGCCCACUGAAUGUCCUUCCCCUGGCAGAGCUGGAAUGGACCCUGGGGUACCUGCUGGGCAGGUUUGCUGACCCCCUUUAGUCAGCCCUGGAGCAGGAGCUGAGGUGGAGGAAACUUCUUCCCUCCAGCACUGUUCUGGUUAACCAAGUUUCUGUCUUCAGCCUUUGGGGUUGGUCCUGGGCUCUCAGGGCAGCAGUAGGAGGAGACCUCUCCUGUUGUGUUGGGAGGGAAGCUCUGAGUGCCCAGAGCUGGCACAGGGCAGAUUCAGGCCCUUCCAAGGAAACAGUUUUCACAUCCCUGCUGCCAGCUCCCAUGGCAGCAGGAGCUGGCACUGGUGCAGGGUGAGCUCCAGUGGGGCUCUUUGGGGGCUGCUGUGGUGUGGAUCAGCACAGGGCUGCAGCCCCUGCCCUGCCACCCUUGGACAGGGUGGAUGAGUCCAGGCUGGUGAGCUCUGGGCUGCUCUGGGCCUUUGCUUGGUGCCCUCCAUGUUGUGGGAGCAAUGAAUGUGAAUGGGGAGGGCUCAGGUCCUGUUAGGUUGGAAUAAAACUGUUGGUUAGAGCUGG